CCACAAACACGCACCCGCAGGCGACUUUGACUUGUAGUGGUACAUCUUCAAAGGACAUUUCAACUUGGUGCUUGGCUUCGGCGCUCCGAGUGUCGCCCGACCCUGCUUAGAGGUGCUAUUGCUAUACCUUUCCCCCCUGCCCCUCACCGACACCCCGACUGUGCUGCAUUUCUCCCCGUGCUUCAUCAUUCCUGUCGCCCCUCGCCGCCGCGUCGCGUUGCCUCUUGUUGCCAGCACGACCCAAACAGCUUUGCUAGCUCUCGCAUCUCGUUCCUUGCUCUCUCUGCCUUCCCGUGCCCGCUGCAGAAGCGCUCGCAGAUCCUAGCCUACUCGCGGCCAAAAAUGAAGUUCUCGACAGCCUUGUGCGCUUUCGUAGCGCUGCUCUCUGCGGCGAGUAGUGUCGCAGCGCAAUCAAAUAGCUCGACAGCCACAAUUACCAACACGUCCAGCAGCAGCACCUCCGUCGAGUGGCCCAAGUCGAUCCCGUUGCAGCAGUCUGUGCAGUACGUCAUGCCGUCAUACGACCUGAGCAAGCUGCCCAAGUUCACCUGGUCGCUCGCCAACGAGUCUUUCACCUUGCGCACGUCCAUAUGCGGCAUGCAGGUCGACUUUUGCAAGAAGGCCGGCUGCGAUGCAGCGGUGGGCGCAAAGGAGACCAAGGUCGCGGACAACUUUUGCGACCAGGUGACUCUCGCGUCGAAAUGCACAUGCUCAGGUGGCAUUUCGCGACUGCAGAAGUUCCAAUGGCCCGUCAUGACACAGGACUGCCGAUUCCGAGGACAGGCUUGCCGCAACCAAUGCAUGUAUGGCGGUACGCUGACGAACCAGAUGCCCAGCUGUAUUGCAGCGUGCAACAAUGUCUUUGGCAUGCAGUGCGGCCUGCCCGGCCAGAUGGCCGCCAACUACGUCGUCAACAGGAAGGGUGAGAAGCCCAACCUCGUCCUGACGCAGGGGGGCGGCUCUCAAAGCGCCGCAGCCGCUGCCAUGCACCUGCCGGCGCGCGGCACCACCACCGCUACCGCACUCGCCGUCGUGGGGCUGGCGUUCACGCUGUUCUAAGCCGAGGGCGCCCAAGCGCAACGCCGGAUCUCCAGUAUCCCUUUGUUCGACUCGAAGUCAGCGGCCCUCACAUCACCCAGCCCUUCUCUCACUUCCUAUGCGAAUCAUUGCUAUGCGCACACCAUCCGGGGCGCCCGGCGCUCGUUGGCAAGUCAUACCUCCUCCAGAGGCCGCGUCCCAUGGCCUUUCCAUCUGUUACGGAUCUUUGUACUAUAUAUUGGUCUCUGAAGGACCGUUUAAAAAGGCCAGAACAUUUUCGAUUCUGCCUUACAAA